AACCGACAGCUGACUGCUGUUAAUUAUAGCGCCGAUCGCCGUUGCGUACUUAGUUAUUUUGUGAGGAUUAGCGUAUUUAUUCCCCGCUGCACAAUGAAUAAGUUUGUCAUGUUGACCUUUGUGGCGGUCUGCGUGCUGGUCACCGUGCUGGAGACGGAAGCCAAACCCAAGCACUGCACAUGGCACGGAACAGCGCCGCUGUGCAUGCCGUCGUGUCCGAGCGGGAAGAAGAAGAUCCCCGGCACAGAAUCCAAGUGCGGCCCCAACACCGUGGCCUGCUGCGUGACCAACAAGAAGUUCGUCUGCUGUCCCAACGACUGGCAGGGUAACGCCGCCAACGCCAUGGCCAUCGCCAAGGAAUAGCCGUUCACUCCUUAAUCCCGCCACCGUUGUACGAACCACUGCUCCCAUGCCUUUCUGUUUUGAACUGAUUUGUAACGCGUCAUACUACCAUCAACAUGUAACGAUUGCAUACCAUAGCGCAUUCUAACUGACGCUAUUAUCGCUUAAUGUGUACCUAAAAAAUCUAUGUUUAAUUUGCUGUGAAAUGCGACGUGUACUGCAAUUUGUGAAUCGGGAAGCAAAUUAUGCAUGUGCGCGUCCUGUGCUCUGAAAUUGCGUAGAUGAAAUAAAAAAGGUCGAACAUC